GCCCGGAAACCGCACUUUCUGAACAUCACACAUCGCCGAGCUUUCAUUCCUAAAUGUGUAGAAAUUCCACUUUCCAUUACAAGAAAAAAGGAAACAUUGCAUCCUGUUCGACGCAAAUGUGUAUAAAUUGUCUGUGUGUAAAUAUUUAAACGUAGAAUAUUUUGGGAAUCUGUUUAGAGAUUUAUUAACCUGUCACACGAAAUGUGAUCAGGGAACGAUAAAAUACUGAUAUGACGUUCUUAAAAUUUGCUAAAGAUUUUAUCUUUGCAAUGUGUCAAAUUUUAAUUCAUUAAUGAAACUUAAUUUAAAAAUUCCGGUUUUCGUUUUGCUUCCAAUGCUAUUCUUAAUAACUGUGACAACAUGCCAGAAACCUUUGAAAAAAGCGCAACUUGGAGAUUUCCCUAGUCUUGUGAUCGUGAUAUUUGCAGGUGUCGGUCCAUUAUGCACUGGUGUUCUCAUUAGCAGUGUGCAUAUUACACUUCCUGGACACUGCGUCAUGGUCGGAGAGCCAAUUUUGAAAGAGUUUGCGACAGUCGUGGCUGGCGAUAACAACUGGAAAGGAGGUGGUCGAUCCAGGGAAGAACGAAACAUAAGCUGGGUUUUGCUUCACCCAAAAUAUAAUUGCCACACGUUCGAAUAUGAUAUCGCCGUAAUAAAGGUAAUUGCACCGUUUCCUCUAACAGAAUAUAUAAAUUUAAAGGCUAUCUCAGAUGCGCUCCCAGAAUUAGGAACGCAUUGUGUGGUGGCUGUAUGGGGUUCAAGAAGGACGUGUAUCUUUAUGAAGGGUUCAUUGCGCUAUGCUAAGGUUCCUGUGAUUCGUUUCGAAAGCUGUUCAAGACCGCCUGAACUAUUCAUCCGAUCUAAAAUGAUUUGUGCUGGAAAUUAUCAGGUGAAUGGGCGGUGUAGUCAAAGCAGUGUGGGUCCAUUGUUUUGUAAAGGCUCUCUUCAUGGGUUGAAUACAGGUGGCAAGACGUCAUGUGAUCCGCUUCAUAAUAGUUUGAAAUACACCGCAGUAUACGCUUUUCGAAACUUCUUACAAACAGCAGUUGUUCGAAGAAGUGGUGAACCAUUGGUUAUAGUUCAAGUUUCGGGCUCGAAGAAAAGUCACACUCGCAUCUGGAUUUUAUUUGGUGUUCUAGCAAAUACUUCUUUAAUUAAAAUUCUUCGCAUUUGUCUUAUUUAACAUGUGUUGGUUGAUUUUCAAAAUUUGUUGCGUAAUUAAUGUUUAUGUCCUUGAAAACUAAAUCAAUAAAUUGGUUUCAGGUUUCUUUGUGA